ACAGAGGAUCCUCCCACUGAGAGCUGCUCCUUGUCCGGCUUGCUCACACACGUUCAAACAUAGAGCUUCUUAGUCUUUUUCAAAGGUGAGUGAAACUUAAUUAGUUAAUUUUUAUACCUGCACAGGUAAGCUAAACACCUCUGCUAUCUGUAACCUUUUUUCUAACCAACCAGCCAUAUCUGUUGAUCACGCGAGACUAAAAAAAGCCGCGAAGUGAGUUUGAUUUCGUCACUCUGCCGUGCCGAGCACUUAUGAACAGUCGUAAAAAUUAAGUGCAAUGCAUGUGGAAUAAUAUGUACAGAUACAGCUUCAAUACGAAGAAUAAUAUAUUCAUAUACACCCUUAAACACGAGGAAUAGAUAUAUGUAGAUACAGCUUUUUACACAUAAAGCUUUCAAAUGAGGAAAAGUGGAGAUUGGUGCUAGUCUAUCGAGUACAAAAUGUUGCCUUUAGCAUCAGUCGGACAUUACAGUUUGUGUUCAGGGAUUUGUUUAUGAAGUUUAACUGUUGGAGUGUUGGCGGGCUGAAAACUGUGCCAGACCCUCUCCCUCCCCCAUUUCUUCCCCUCUCUCUCUCCUUAUGUCUUUCUUUCUUCUCACCGGUCUAUCCACUUAACCUGUUUUACUUCUUUGUACUGAUUGCUUUGUGGUGGUUAUUGCAGUGGAAUUAGUUGUACGUUUGCAACCAUUUUGUUGCUAUUCUUGCUGAUCUCAUUUGAUUCAUUAACCAUUCAGAAAUUAUGAUAUCUAUUUACCUGUGUGCAGAUGGCUCUGAGUGAGAAGACUGAUGAGGAAAUCAGAGAGUUACUGACCCAAUAUGACAUCAAACAUGGACCUAUUGUCGGUAAGAGAAACUUAUUUUAAUAAUGUCAGUAUAUGGACUAAAAACAGCUGUAAAGUUAUAAGAGAGAGGACUAACAGCAGGUAAAGGGUCAUUCUUUGAAAACAAGAAAACUUGAAGGAAAUGCUAAUUCACCAAAUUAAAAGACACUUGAACCACACUAUUGACUCAGCUGUGAUUAUAUUUUUCUGGCAUUUUGAUGCUAACUGUGCAUUAAAAGCAGUAACUGACCAAGUUUCAAAUCCCAAAUGUACAGACUUGAACUUAACUUCUUUGAAAGUCUUGAGACCUUGAGAAAAUAGGCCAUUCAUCAAUAAUUAAGCCAAAUAAAUUAGAGUACAAAAAAACAGUGUGAAGGCUAAAUGCAAACAGAUAACUGACUAAAAAUGCAUUAAUUUUGUUGCAUUUCUGGCUCUUGAUGUGAUCAUGUUUUUUACUUAUUCCUUGCCGAGACCUUAAAAUCUUCUUUAACGGUAUUCAGAUUUAUUAGGAUUUUAACCUUAUUGUUUUGAAAGGGUUUAUCACCUUAAAAGUAAAUAAGGUGUAUGUAUUUUAGACAUCAAAUCCACUGUAAAUCCCAUUGAAGUAGUGGGAAAGGCUUAAAAUGUGAUAGUAGCUCAUUAUUGGUUAAUUUUUAAGUCUUAAAUUGGUCAUUUUACAGAGAUAGAAUUGAUGUGAGAUACACUGGAUGAUGCAUGCAUGUUGUGUUCACUGUGACUGGGACAUUACAGCUUUGCGAUUGUGUGUUUGUCUCAGAGUCGACUCGACAUCUGUAUGAGAAGAAGCUGGAGGAGGCGAUGGAGAGCGCCGCAGUGAAUACUUCAUCUGAUAAAACAUACUACAGAGAGGAAGGUGAGACUGUGACCAUUCAAUCAGAGACACUAGAAACUAAAACUCUGUUGUGUUUUUAAAACUGAGCAGAGAUAAAACAUGGAGGAUUUAUUUCUCCGACUGCAUGUGAAAGACUUACAUUGGUCCCUGUCUGUACCGACUGAUAUUCAGUAAUGCUGGUUUAGGACCCAAUACUUGGAAAUUGGACAGAGUCUUGAAGAUACUUACUAGGAUUUUCCUGGAAAUCUAAAACCAUAACAAUAGACCUUACUUAAGCGUAACUCAUCUCAAUAAAAUCCAACAUCAUCUUAACAAUGUUUGCAGCUUUAUUUUUUACACAGACUGAACAACAUUCAGCUGUUUAUCUGGACCACAUACAAACAUCAAGGCUGCUUGAUUAACCAGUUUAGUCUCUUACUGUUGAGAAAUUACAUAAGUACGCAGCUCCAAAUCAUUUAGUUUGCAGAACAGGGUUGCAACUAACCACCAUGUUUCAAUUGGAUCCAAAAAUACCUGAUGUGACACUGUGCUAUGAUUGACCUAAGGAAUUUUCAGCUUUUAAAUUAGUCUGCAACUUGAUUUAUCGUCAUUAAUCACCAUUAUGUCUCACUGUUGUACUCUAACUUGAGAUUUGAAUUUGACCCUGAAUGUUCUUAUUGUGUACUUCUUAUCUGUGAAAGUUUAAAAUGUGAGUCUAUCUGCUCUGAAGCUUCAAAUUACAGAUAUUACAAAUAUAAUCAAACAUCAGCUUUAACAGUCAGAGUUGUCCUCAUCAAACCUGCAACAUUUAACGUUCAUAUUUUCAUCAGUGUGUGAAUAUUGUGUUUGUGUUUUCAGAGGAGGAAGUGACCUUCAUCACGUACCACAGCCCGGUGAGCUCAGCUUUCCUGCUUCUUUUUCCAGAUUCCUCUAAUGUGAGACUGUAAAUAAUCAAAUCAUCUGACUGUUUCAUUUACAGGUAAAACAGGAACCUUUUGGAGAUGUGUGAGUACACUUAAACAUUUAAUUUAAACUUGUGCAUUUGAAUCAAAAUGAUGCCUGUUUUUUUUUUUUUUAGUUUUUUAAGUUUUUUAACAUAUACAUAUGAUAUAGAAAUGCUCAGGCAAAUGACAUUGACUCUGUCCACUAAUAUUCAGUGUCACGUCCCUUUAAAUCACACAUAGAAAAGAUUGUGUCUGUUGGUCCAAUGAGUGUGCACACUUGGGAAUCUCUGAUCGUAUAAAUUAGGACGCCUACUACAAACUUUUACUGUUUAAAAUCAGAUUAAUUUACAAAUUUCUAACAAAAUGACCCACCUUGAUUUAAAAGGAAAUAUGCAUCUAUAUGAGCAGUUUUCAUUUGUCAGGGUUCUGGCUCACCUACAUGUACAAGUAUGUGGACUUAUUCUAUGUAAACUCCUCUGACAUCAGUUUUAGAUGUCAAAGUGUUUUUUUCAUGGUUUUGUGUUCAGGCUGAGAUGGAGAGGAAACGCUAACACAGAAGAAGCAGAAGGUGAAGAGGAACAGGAGGAGGAGGAGGAAGCGGAGGAGGAGGAAGAAGAAGAGGAGGAGGAGGAAUCAGAGUGAGUCCUGCAGAAUUUGAUGCUGCGUUCGAGUUACCUCAGAAGUCAGAUGUCUGACCUGGGAAUGACGUCACACCCAAGUUACCAGCGUUUCAGUUACCAAGUCGGAAAAAAGCUAAAUCGGAAGGGGAAAGAUGGCUACAUCUGCAAAAGUUAUUUUUGCGCUUGCCUUGUCCUUGCUUAUAUUUGGGCAAGACAAGCACUAAAAUAACUUUAGUAGAUGCAGCCAUCUUGUUUCCUCCUCCGAUUUACCUUUUUUCCGACUUACGCUGAUAACUCGGGUGUGACAUAGUUCCCAGCUCGGACUUGUGACUUCCGAGGUAACUCGAACGCAGUAUUAAUCCUGAAUUUAAGAGUUUAUCCCCUGGGUUAAACCUCACUGUCUGUGCUUCAGGCCUGCUGUUCAGGUGACCCACAGGACAGCCAAUCACAGCGCAGUUCGGUCCAAGAAGGUCAGCAGCAAGUCUGGAGGCUGCAUGGGCAAGUUUUUCCGUCUGCUGUUGCUGUUAGCCGUUUUAGCAGGCGCCUACUACGCUUACAGCCAGAUGGUCAACACAGAGGAGGAGCCUGCAGGGCCAGAGUGAUCUGAGUGGUUGUUAAGGUGUAGGUUUUUUUUUUUUACUGUUGAAACACAUUCCUGAAACUUAAAAUGGCAAGUUUUUAAAAAAUUUCUUAGUGCCAUUAAAUCCACUAAAAUGAUAGAACCAAAAAUAUGAUGGUCUGCGUGUGUCGAGUCUGUCUGCACUCGAACAACCAAAAAAAGCACUAAUUACUGCUGUCAGAAAAACUCUUAAAAUUUGAGCCGUAAUGACUUUCAGCUUCUCUAAUAACCAGUGAGUUUGAGUUCUCAGGUGCAGACUAACACCUGGUGUUGUCUUUUCAUGGAUUUUUUGACAAUAAGAAAAACUGAAAUGAUUCCUCUUUCCUUUACUUCUUUGCUUUUCUCAUAUGAAGUGUUGCACUCUUUGUCCUUGCUAUGCAAAGCUUGUUUUCUUUAUGUAGCUGUUGUCCAUUAUGUGUUUUUAUUUGUGACAUAUUGCACAACAGACUUCAAACUCUAGGCUGUUUUUUUUUAACAUUUUUAUGCUCCUCUCUACAUUGUGUGCAAUCAGAAUCCAAAGCUGUCAUCUUUAUGUGCCAAUAAACUUUUAUUAAAAAUGUCUAGAGUAAUUAUUUGUAAAUGAUGAAGCUGAAAAUGGAGAAAUAUUGAAGAGUAAUUCAGACAUUUUUGGAACUUGGUUUCAGGUAAAGAGAGAAACUGAGUCCUGAGGUAGUAUUUCAGCAAAGAAUGCACUGCAGGAAAACUGUUGUGGCAGAAAACAUUUGAUCACAGAAAGACAUUUAAUCACUUAUUCAGUCAACAGGAAAUACCUAAAAAUAUAAUGAGGCUGCUCGUUGCACCCCCAUAAAUUAUGCCAAUAAUUAAGGUGCAAACAGGUGGAUUUAGUUUUGCAGCUCUGUCCUGUUUGCUCUUAUUUUGCAUUGAAUUACGAGGAUGAGCUGUCAGUGUUUUCACCCAAUGCUGCUCAGAACUCUGCUGUGCGCUCUCAUUCUGACAGACUGCAACUCUAUUAACUGAAUGUGGAGAAGACACUUCUCUUUUUGUGGAUUCAACUUGUGACUGAUGUGAAAAGUUCUACAGAUUUCCUCCAUCUUAUUUUCUGGAGAGCUAGUAAAUAGCAGCUCAGGCUGAAUUAUAACAGACCCUCUGUUGUGGCACAGUCUGUAUGUGCUGGGUUUGAGCAACAGAUGACCCCAGACUGGUUUAACCCUGAGUGUUGAAAUAUUAGUAUUGUCGAAGUAAUAAUGACAGACUUAAUGGACAAGAAUGUUAUUUUUAGGUCAGUAAGGGGUGGAAUUUUAAUUACCACUGCAAAGUUUUUCUUUUGAUUCUCUCCUGCAGUCACCAGUUCACUAAAAAUGUAAUGAACUGUGUUAUGCAGAAAGGGUUUCAUUUUACCCCAAAUUAAUGCAAAACAGCUUGCUGCAAAUAUGUGUGAACACCACUGGAACACAGUGAUAUGUGUGUGUUUCUCCCCUACUCUGUUUUUGGUGCAUUAAAGUCUAAUUUCAGGUGAUUUAUUUUUUAAAUGUAUUGAUGGUUGAGUUUUUGAAGAAGUAGUUUCAGGUGUUUAUUUGCAGCUCAUUUUUAAGGUUGGCAUCAGCCCAGUUUGAGUAUAUCAGACAUAUGGAAGAGGAGGGUGAAGGUGGAGUCAACUGAUAUGUGCCUAGCAAGAACCUGCUGAAACUAGAUAAAGCUAGACAAACUAAAUAAGCGACUGCUGUAGGUGAAGGACGUGUUUUACCUUUCCAGGAGGUGGAGCCAGAGUCACCCAGCCAGAAAAAAUUAUGAGUUAAGACAAAAAAAAAAAAAAGGUUUCACUGAAUGAACUCAAUAAACUGUUUUGCUGGGC